UUUAUUUUAUCUUUGAACAAACAACACAGAGUCUCUACUACUGCCACACACAUUUGACCACUUCUCUUCUUCAACCACAGCCAUAAUUAAUUAACUCCGCCGUCCCUUCAAAUCAUCCCAUAAAUUCUUCAAACUUCAAACCCUCUGCAAUCCAUGACCGGAGCCGUCGUACCAAUGGACAAGAACAACAACAACAACCUGCAGAAACGCUUCAAACCCAAACUCGACCGUCGCAACGCCAACAAGAACAUCGACUACGACGCGUCGUAUUCCCCUUCAUCGUCGUGGUCGUCGUCGUCUUUCUCCACGGAAGGCUCAACGACGCCACGAACACGGUCGCUUGAUAUUCUAGACACGAAUAAACUAACAAGCUUUAGAGUAAAAGGAACAGACGGUGAAUUUGAUUUAAUUUGUCAGAGUUUAGGGUUUUCAGGUCCUGAAGAUUUUUCUAUUCCUCUGUCUGUUUGGGAAGCUCAAAAAGCUCGACGCUCGUCGUUCGAUAACGGCAGUUUAUCUUCGCAGUUUCGAGCUAAGCAAACGGUAACUAAUAAUGAUAAGAAUAGUAAGAGAGCUUCUGUUUUUAAGCAAGAAAUUGAUAAUAAAGGAGCUAGGGUUAGUAAUUUAGUUCAUGUGGAGUCAAUUGAGAGUGGUGUUAGUGAUUUUAGUAGAGAUGAAGCUCGUUUAGAGCGAGAUAUGGCUCGAUUUGACAGUGGUGAAGUUGCGUUUGAGCCGGAUAUAGUUCGAUUUGGAAAUCGUGAUAUGAAUAGGGUUACUUGUGUGGAAAGUAAUGUACUUAGUGUGGAGAGGCUUAGAAAUGAUGAUAGGGAUUCUAGUAGAUGUGAAGGUAGGUUGGAGCGAGAUAUGGCUCAAUUAGAUGGUGGUGAUCGAGUUACUGGUGAUCGUAAUUUGUUUGCUGUGGAGAGAAUUGGAAAUGGGGUAAGCGAUUGUAGCAAACGUGAAAAUAAGAGUGUGAGAGUCAGGCCCAUAGGGGAAAGAGAUGUAAUUGGCUGUGGUGGAGCUGGAGGGAUUAGAGGUCUAAGACCGCCGGCUUUGGCACCACCACCGGUUAUGUUAGUGCGGCCUGUAGUUGAUAAUGUGAGUUCAACUUGGGAUUUGAUGAAAUCUUUUGCGCCUCAGGAUGAUGAAGAGAAUUUAAGUCCAAGGGAGUUAAGCUCUUCGGAUGAAGAGGAUAGGGUAAUGGAUGAAGAUAAGGAGGAGGUGGUGGUGGUGGUUGUGGAGAAGGAUAAUGAUGGAAAUAAAGAAAAUGAAUUGUCAACCUCAAAUGAUGAUGGUGGUGGCGGCAGUGGAGUUAGUAUUAUAGAUGAUUCAAGUUCUAGUACUAUGCAGACAGUAUUUUACGUUUCUCCAAAUGUGAAAAUGAGAAUAAAUAUUUCUUCAUGGGAAAAGGGUGAGCUAUUGGGAAGUGGGUCUUUUGGAACAGUUUAUGAAGGCUUCACUGAUGAUGGAUUCUUUUUCGCUUUAAAGGAGGUAUCUUUGCUGGAUCAAGGAAGCCAAGGGAAACAAAGCAUUUUACAACUUGAGCAGGAGAUUUCCCUAUUAAGAAAGUUUGAACACGAGAAUAUAGUUCGAUAUCUUGGAACAGACAAGGAUGAAACUAAGCUUUAUAUCUUCCUUGAGCUAGCGACAAAAGGUUCACUUGCAAGGCUCUAUCAAAAAUACCAUUUGAGGGAUUCACAAGUCUCUGCUUACACCAGACAGAUUUUAAAUGGCUUAAAAUAUCUUCAUGACCGGAAUGUGGUUCACAGGGAUAUCAAAUGCGCUAAUAUAUUGGUGGAUGCUAAUGGAUCUGUAAAGCUUGCAGAUUUUGGGUUGGCCAAGGCAACUAAAAUGAAUGAUGUUAAAUCUUCCAAAGGGACUGCAUUUUGGAUGGCCCCAGAGGUUGUUAAUUUAAAGAAUCGUGGCUAUGGACUUGCCGCUGAUAUAUGGAGUCUUGGAUGUACUGUUUUAGAGAUGUUAACUCGUCAACCACCGUACUCUGACUUUGAACCUAUGCAAGCAUUGUUUAGGAUUGGCAAGGGUGUACCUCCUCUUGUUCCUGAUUCUUUAUCAACAGAGGCCACAGAUUUCAUCCUUAAAUGCAUACAAGUUAACUCAACUGAUCGGCCUACGGCAGCUCAACUGCUCCACCAUCCGUUUGUGAGAAAGCCACUUCAAAGUUUCUUGAGCCCUUCUUCUCCUCGUUUUACAAAUUUAUAACCUUGAGAAAUUUUGUGCUGGGGAAAACAAACGACUACACAUGCGAAUGCUCAUCCAUCUCAGUAAGUCGGGCGAUACUCCCACGAACAAAUACUGAGCUCAUACUACUGCUAGCCAAGGAUGCAUCAUCACAUUCAUCCUCACACUUCCGGUAAUUUUAAUGAACAAUUUGACCUUAACAAUUAAUUUGGUGUAAAUAGUGUUUUGGUGUGUUAUUUCUUGCAUAAGUAACCAUUUGUACCACCGUAUUUUGUUAUAAAUUAGUUUUUGGUCCUUAUGAGUAUAGAGGGGGUGCACCCGGGUUGUUGAUUAAAUGUACAUACUAAAUGUAAUAUGUAUAGCAGUGCUAUUUUUGUAUUCUAAUGAAAAGUCUAUUUGAAGCUUGGGAAUGAA